AUGAGAAAGUUGAAAUUCCACGAGCAGAAGUUGCUGAAGAAGGUCAACUUUUACGACUGGAAAUCGACCAAGAACGUGCGUGAGUCAGCCUUGCUCCAGAAAUACCAAAUCGAGAAUCGCGAAGAUUUCACAAAGUAUCACAAGCUGGCGGGUCUCGUGACGAAAGUAGUGGCGAAGCUACGAAAGCUGAAGGCUUCAGAUGAGGACCGCAUCAAGAUGACUGAGAUCCUCCUGGACAAGCUUUACUCCUUGGCCCUGACACAGAACAAGCAGAGUUUGGAGGACUGUGUGGAUUUGCACACCUCCCGAUUCUGCAGACGGCGCCUUCCGGUCGUCCUCGUACGCAUGAAGCUGUGUGAGAAUCUGCCCCAAGCUAUCGCGUACAUCAAGCAGGGCGAGGUUCGGAUUGGGCCAGACUUGGUUACCAACCCGGCACUUCACGUGACGCGUGAAAUGGAGGAUCACAUCACGUGGGCAGAGGGAUCUAAGAUGAGACGCCACAUCAAAGAGUUCAGCAAUGAGGUCGACGACUUCGACCUGUUGGGCAAUUAG